UACAAAUUCUUCUAGAGAAAUAAGGAAAUUUGUUUAUUAAAGUAUGAUUAAAAUGUUUUCGUUAUUUAUUAGAGCAAGGUGUUUAAAACCAAUGGCUGUGAGAAUUAUGUAUAAUUGUUCCUGUGUUUCUCGUAAAAUUAGUGGUUCAAAUAAAAUUAGUGCUCCAACUGUGAAAUUUAAAGGAAAAUUGAUCAGAAAUAACGAUUUUAUAAUAAUUUCAUGCAGGAAUUUCAGUGUAAAUGAGAGUAUUGAAAGAGAGACCCCUUCUGCAAGUAAGGAAAACAUUAAACUGGUUAAUCUUGUAACAAAUUUACAUCGGAGUAUCAAUAAACAUGGUCGAGUUUUUCUAGAUCAAAUUUAUGAAGUUUUAAAUUCAAAUUUAGCUCAUUUAUCAGAAGAAGAUGCAGAUUUGUUGUUGCAGUGUUGUGGUCAUUUGUUGCCUGAUCAAAUACCUGAAGUUCGAGCAGCUCUUUGUGAUCAUGUAAAAGAGAAUUUAACAAAAACAGGAGUCCCUUUUAAUUACCACUUGUACAUUAGUGUUUGCACAGAAAAUCAGCAUUUGAUACAAUAUGAAAAUCUACUAGGAGAAGUAGAUAAAGCAGAUGUCAAGCUAUAUAAAUUAAUCUUAGAGAAUGUAUGUACAGCAGGAGACACUUUCAAAGCUAUUAAUGUGUUGGAAGAAAUGAAAAAGCAAAAUAUGCCUGCUGAUGAAGACACUUUUAAUUCAUUAGUCCUAGCACAUGCUAUAAAUGGUGGUCUUAAUGAUGCUAAUACUGUUUUGGAAACAAUGAGAAAUAUUGAUAUUUUUCCUUCAGUUUCCACAUAUGUAGCUCUGCUGACAGGUUUGGCAAAACGUGCUAGUGAAAAGCAGUUUGAAGCUGUUGUUGAACUUCUUCCUCCUAACAGUUUAACUGAGAAAAUGUUCCUUCAAAUUGUUCAGGAAUUAAGUCAAAAUGAUAAUCAGGAUUGGAUGAGACAUUUGUUUGUGAAAAGGGAUUUUACUGAUUUUUCAAAACAAAGUUUGAAGUAUUUGGAUAAUUUAUGUAUACACCUUAUUUACUUAGAGAAGCCUUUGACUGCAAUAACUAUAUAUUCUAAACUUGUCCAACAACAACCUGAUAUACUACAGGGGAAUUAUGGAAUGUUUUUGUUAAGGGAAAUGGUUAAAAAGGGAUGUAGUUCUAAAGAUAUUUUGGAAUCAGCUAAAAUACUUAAAGAAUUAAAUCUGAACAGUAUGGCCUAUGUUAAAGUUACUGAGACUGCUCUGAGAAGAAAUUAUCAUGUUAUUGCUUGGGAUUUGGUAAAAAAUAUGUCACCAUUGCGGCCCCACUAUUUUUGGCCCCUUUUAAAAAGUGCUGCUAAAGAAAAUGGAGAAGUAGGUGUCUGUGAAGCUAUAGGAAAAAUGAUGAAUUUAGGUGUUAAACCUGACGAAGAGACUUGGGAAUUAUAUAUAUUGCCCCACUGCGAUUUUAGUAAUCCUUUAGAUUUGAUGAACAGACUGAAAAAAAUGGGUUUUACUUCGAAAGAGUUGUUUACGCCAUUAAUAAAAGUUCUCAUAAGAAAAGAUGCAAUUCAAGAGGCUGUAAAAUUAGUUUCAGUUUAUGAUGGCCCCAUAGAUGCCAGCGCCUUAAAUAACUUAUCCAGGGCAUGGAUUAUUAAUAAAAAUGCCGAUAGUGUGGUACCUAUAUUGCAAAAAAUUUGUGAAGUGAACAGCAGACAAAUAGAUUGGGUGGGGCAGUUCUUGGAAAAAGUUUGCAGUUCCUGUAGAAGUGAAGACGACUUUAAAAAAUUUCGCGAGUUACUGAAGUUUAUCAAGUCUAAAAGAUUAAGACUCUCCUCUGACAUUGCAGAUGCAUUAUCGAAUGUUGUUCAAUUAAAGUGUAAAGCAGAGAAAUUAAGGAAGAGCAUUGAUCAACUUAUAGACACCCUUUUGGAUGUAUCUUUCAAAACUGAAGAGCAUCAUAUUCCACACCCUAGUCAAAUGAACGUUAAAGAGUUAGAGUGUCAUUAUGAAGAGUUGAAGAGCAAGAAUAUGGAAACGAGGGGUGUUUUGAGGCGGUUGAUACAGGCGCAUGCACGACUUGGUAAUUUAGAUCGUGUAGAGCAUUUACGCAAUAAUUUCUCAAGUCGGGGGUACAUCGAAUCUCCCGGAAUGAAGGCGAAUAUUUUACAUAAUUAUGUCCUGAGCAAGAAAUUGUCUGAGGCUCAGAAGAUGUUUAACGAAAUAACGUCCAAACAUCCUUGGUUCAAAUUGGACGUUUUUAAAAUUUUGGAUUUUGCUACUCUCAUGGUCCUGAAUGGACAGGAAGAAAGUGCAAUGAAUUUACUGAAAAAGGAAACGAAUGUAAAAAUAAUUUUGCCUUAGGCAUUUUAUAGGAAGUAGCGGCAUAGAACACAACUGCGUGGACCUUUUGAAGUCUUUUACCAAUCCUGAUAAUC